CCUCUCCCGGAACACCAUGACUUUCAAGCGCAGAAAUGGAGGUCGCAACAAGCACGGCCGUGGACACGUCAAGUUCAUCCGCUGCUCCAACUGCGGCAAGUGCUGCCCUAAGGACAAGGCCAUCAAGAGAUUCUUGGUGAGGAACAUCGUCGAGCAGGCCGCGGUGAGAGAUGUUCAGGAAGCCUGCGUCUAUGAGCAAUACACUCUGCCUAAGCUGUAUGCCAAGAUGCAGUACUGUGUUUCCUGUGCAAUUCACUCUCACGUUGUGAGGGUGCGAUCCCGCACCAACAGGAGGAACCGCGAGCCGCCACAGCGAUUCAUCAGACGCAGGGAUGAUGCCCCAAGGCCCGGCCAGCCUGGUCAAGCUCCCCGACCUGCUGGAGCUGGUGUUCCUGCUCGUACUUGAUUUGAGCAAAUCAAUCCUUCCAUUUUGUGAUGGAUGUUUCCCGGUAGCUACACAAUCUUCUGGACUGAGUUGUGUAGGACUUUUUUGUUAUUCUCGCGUUAUUGUUCAGACGUUUUGAGGAUUAAACUACAACGUUUAUGGAUGUUUUUUUUUUUAUGAUAAUGAAAUCUGGAUGACGUAAUGUCCAAUUUUGAA